AUGGCGACUUCGAGGGAGACAACAGUUGCUAGAAGUGACGUAACUUCCAACCAUGGCCCCGAAAACAAAACCUCUGCAAUUGGAGCAGAUGGCAUCGCUCCAGAUGAUACCGAAUAUCAAACUACGAAUUCUCGUCGCCAAGUCGGGCUCACAUCCGCCAUAUUCCUCAUUUUCAACCGAAUGGUUGGGACAGGAAUCUUUGCAACUCCAAGUGCGAUUCUAUCGCUAUCCGGAUCUGUAGGAUUGGCGUUAUUCAUUUGGGUUGCAGGAAUGUUAAUUGCAGCCGCCGGUCUUGCCACAUACAUGGAAUUCGGUACUGGGCUUCCACGAAACGGUGGCGAGAAGAACUAUCUCGAGUAUGUUUACCGCAAGCCCAAAUUUCUUGCCACAGGUUUCUACGCAGGCUAUGUUGUACUUCUCGGUUGGGCUGGGUCGAAUUCGGUCGUUUUUGGGGAGUAUAUCCUUAGUGCUGCCCAAGUGGAAAUCACCAGAUGGAAUCAGCGAGGUGUGGGGCUAGCUUGCAUUACGAGUGCUUUCUUGAUUCAUGGAUUGGCUUUAAACUGGGGUUUAAGGCUGCAAAAUUUCUUGGGAAUAAUCAAACUGCUUAUCCUAUUAUUAAUCGUUUUCUCGGGAUUUGUAGCUCUUGGUGGCCACACCAAGCUAGACAAAAAGCCAGAUAAUUUCACCAAUGCAUUCGCUGGAACAACUGGCAGCGCAUAUGGAGUCGUCACCGCACUUUACAACGUGAUAUGGAGUUAUAUCGGAUACAGCAACGCGAACUAUGCCCUUUCUGAGACCAAAAACCCCGUCAGGACACUCAAGAUUGCGGCGCCAUUAGCACUUGGCCUGGUGUCCAUUCUCUAUAUGCUAUGCAAUGUUGCAUAUUUUGCGGCAGUCCCCAAAGACGAAAUCAUCAGCUCUGGUCGCAUCCUGGCAGCUUCAUUCUUCCGUAACAUGUUUGGAGCCCGCGCAGAGCGAGUUCUCUCCGUCUUUGUUGCUCUUUCUGCCUUUGGAAACGUAUUGAGUGUGAUAUUUUCUCAGGGCCGACUGGUACAAGAAUUUGGCCGCGAAGGUAUCCUUCCAUUCUCGAGAAUUUGGGCUAGUAAUAAGCCCUUUAAUGCUCCAUUCAUGGGACUCUUCGAGCAUUGGGUUGUAUCGGUCGUCAUUAUGCUCGCGCCUCCACCUGGAGAUGCGUACAAUUUCAUCCUCAACGUCAUUUCCUAUCCCCUAGCUGUAGUGAAUGUCUUUGUUGCUGGUGCACUCAUACAUCUUUAUCGCCGUCCAUACUCACCCAAUCGCAAUCCAAGCGAGUGGGCGCCGCCAUUCCGCGCGACUCUCCCAGUAGUCAUCUUCUUCUUACUUUCUAAUAUCUAUCUCGUCGCCGCACCCUUCGUUCCACCUACUCACGGCCAAAAUGUCUACAAGUCGCUGCCUUACUAUCUACACUGCGUUGUAGGGAUUGCAAUAUUAGCUGGUGGAGGACUGUAUUGGCUUGUAUGGGCGAUAAUAUUACCAAAGAUUGGGGGGUAUAGAUUGGUAAGGGAGCCUACUGUUAUGAAAGAUGGAUGGACGAGAAAUGUGUUUUCAAGGGUACCGAGGUGA